CAGACUAUCAAUAUUAUAUAUAAAGUCCCAGGACCAACGCUGACGCGCAUUCUCCCCCAUAGCUGAGCAGGAACCUCGCAAUGGCGGACGGCCGUACCACAGGGGAUUCGACGCCCCGUCCUACUGAGGCAAGCUCAGACACCAAGGGCGACAACAAGACCAAGAAACGCAGAUUCUUUGGUCUAGGGACAAAGAAGACCGACCAAGGAGAGAGUGCGGCCUCGACCACACCUAGUGCGUCCAAGAACACGACAUCUCCCACGCCUGCUUCGCAAACCGAGCCCCCUCUGUCGCCGACGAGACAAACCUCGGAAUCCCCGCAGGUCGCGUCGCCAGCGCGAUCCCAGAUCUUCGAACGCGACGUCCAAGACCCUACGAUCCCCCAAGCCAACUCGCCUGCCAUCCCUACGCACAUCCAGACUGAGAACCACAUCCCCGCAGUUCUUGAUGAUGCCUCGGAGGCCAUCACCAACCGCAAGCUUGAUCCCGACGCGGUCGAGAUCGUCACGCACACCUCACACCAGCCUGCAUCUGUGGCUGUCACGGGUGCCGCCCCUACGCCAGCUGCCUCUACACCUCAUGAUCAGACGGCUACGGAGUGGGCGCGGGAGUUGAACUCAUUCGUCGAUCGCCAGUCCUCAGCUCAGUCGCCCGACAGCGUCUCCAAUUACGGCUCUCUUGACUCGGCUGAUGUGCGCCGUUUGUCGUUCAUCUCGUUCGCCGAUGUUGUGCAAGCUGAGCACGGUCCUCCGCUGAGCGGCGUUGGAUCUCGCGAGAGCAUUCACGGUGCGGGGUUGACCUCUCUGCCUACAUCGGGCUUCAACCGUUCGCCAUCGCCUAUUCGGUCGCCAGUAUCAAGCCAGGGCCCCGGCACCAGCCCGCCGACCAGCAACCCUGGUAGCAUACGUGGUAUCGAGAUGAGUCCGGCUCGGAAGCCUUUGGGUACUCCUGGCAGUGGCAGCUUGGGUCUGGUGCCGCCAGGUCAGACGGGCCAACUGAACGUCGAGACGAUGAGCCAGGCUUUGCGGCGAACGACCAGCACGGACUUUAGCAAAGUCAGGAGCAUCCCCACGAGCCCGGUAGACGGACCAGGGUCGAGGUGAUUUUUUUCGUUCUUGUAAGCGAGGUGUUAUUUCAGGGUGUUGGAGCAAACUGUUCCCAAGGCUUUCGUUCCCGGCGCUGUCAUGGUUGCUGGAGCUUUCUUUUCCGGUAUCUCAAAGUUGGCUGUGUCCUUUCCAUGGAGGUAGUAAUCCUCGGUUUCUGCGUAUUCAUAUUAUAUCCAAUGGUUAUCAUGGGCGUCUUCGUAUUGACCGUUCAGCAUUCGUGGUGCGAGAGCAUUGUAGGAUUUGUACCC